AUGUAUUCCACUGAUCCUCCUAAAUUCAAUAAAAGAGAUUUAGCACGAUUGAUUAUAGAAAAACCUAUAUCUAUAUCAUAUAAAAAACCAAAAAAAACAACGAAUGCGUCAGCGUGUUGGUCUCAAUUUAGUUUAAUAUAUGUCAACAAUGUUAAACAAGAUUUUAUCGUUUGCGAUUGCUGUAAAUCAAUGCUGGUUUAUAAACCAACAACAGGAUCUGGUUGUAUGUUGGCACAUUCACGUUCUUGUCGAGUCAAAAAGAAAGAUUCUGCUUCAUCCGGUCAACAAUCAAAAAUCAAUCAUUAUUACAAUCAUUCAACAUUAAAUGACAAAACAAAGGUGCCGAAUAGGCAUGCACUGAACCCGAACCUUCGGGUUCGUCGAGUUCGAGUUCGAGUUCGAGUUCGAGUUCGAUUUCAUUGUUCAAGUUCGGGUUCGGGUUCGGUGAGUAUAAGAUCGGCUCGGGCUCGGUUCGAUGAGUCUGAGUUCGGCUCGGGCUCGGUUCGGUGGGUCUGA